AUGCAGCACAUUUUUGCCUUCUUCUGCACCGGUUUCCUAGGCGCGGUAGUAGGUGCCAAUUUCCCCAACAAUAUCCAGAUCGGGGGAUUAUUUCCAAACCAGCAGUCACAGGAACAUGCCGCUUUUAGAUUUGCUUUGUCACAACUCACAGAGCCCCCAAAGCUGCUCCCCCAGAUUGAUAUUGUGAACAUCAGCGACAGCUUUGAGAUGACCUAUAGAUUCUGUUCCCAGUUCUCCAAAGGAGUCUACGCCAUCUUUGGGUUUUAUGAACGGAGAACUGUCAACAUGCUGACCUCCUUCUGUGGGGCCCUCCACGUCUGCUUCAUUACACCGAGCUUUCCCGUUGACACCUCCAAUCAGUUUGUCCUUCAGCUGCGCCCUGAGCUGCAGGAUGCUCUUAUCAGCAUCAUCGACCAUUACAAGUGGCAGAAAUUUGUCUACAUUUAUGAUGCCGACCGGGGUCUGUCCGUCCUGCAAAAAGUCCUGGACACAGCUGCCGAGAAGAACUGGCAGGUGACAGCAGUCAACAUUUUAACCACCACAGAGGAGGGAUACCGGAUGCUCUUUCAGGACCUGGAAAAGAAAAAGGAGCGGCUAGUGGUUGUGGACUGUGAAUCAGAACGCCUCAAUGCCAUCUUGGGCCAGAUCAUAAAGCUGGAGAAGAAUGGCAUCGGCUACCACUACAUCCUUGCAAAUCUGGGUUUCAUGGAUAUUGACUUAAACAAAUUCAAGGAGAGUGGAGCAAAUGUUACAGGUUUCCAGUUGGUGAACUACACAGACACCAUCCCAGCCAAGAUCAUGCAGCAGUGGAAGAAUAGCGAUGCUCGAGACCACACCCGAGUGGACUGGAAGAGACCUAAGUACACCUCUGCGCUAACCUACGAUGGAGUGAAGGUGAUGGCUGAGGCUUUUCAGAGCCUGCGGAGGCAGAGAAUCGAUAUAUCCCGCCGAGGGAAUGCUGGGGACUGCCUGGCUAACCCAGCUGUGCCGUGGGGCCAGGGGAUCGACAUCCAGAGAGCGCUGCAGCAGGUGCGGUUUGAAGGCUUGACAGGAAACGUGCAGUUUAAUGAGAAGGGACGCCGGACCAACUACACUCUCCAUGUGAUUGAAAUGAAGCAUGAUGGCAUCCGAAAGAUUGGUUACUGGAAUGAAGAUGAUAAGUUUGUCCCAAAAAAAACCGAUGCUCAAGCCGGGGGGGACAAUUCAAGUGUCCAGAAUAGGACAUACAUCGUCACUACAAUCCUAGAAGAUCCUUAUGUGAUGCUCAAGAAGAAUGCCAACCAGUUUGAGGGCAAUGACCGCUACGAGGGCUACUGUGUAGAGCUGGCAGCAGAGAUUGCCAAGCAUGUGGGCUACUCCUACCGUCUUGAGAUUGUCAGCGAUGGAAAAUAUGGAGCCCGUGACCCUGACACCAAGGCUUGGAACGGCAUGGUGGGAGAGCUUGUCUAUGGAAGAGCCGAUGUAAAAAAAACUCCUUUAACUAUCACCUUGGUCCGGGAAGAGGUGAUAGAUUUCUCAAAAAAAAUUAUGAGUUUGGGGAUCUCCAUCAUGAUAAAAAAGCCACAGAAGUCAAAAAAAAGGGUCUUCUCCUUCCUCGAUCCUUUGGCUUAUGAGAUUUGGAUGUGAAAAAAAAUUGCCUACAUUGGAGUGAGUGUCGUCCUUUUCCUGGUCAGCCGCUUAAAAAAAAAUGAAUGGCACAGUGAAGAGUUUGAGGAAGGGCGGGACCAGACAACCAGUGACCAGUCCAAUGAGUUUGGGAUAUUCAACAGUCUGUGGUUCUCCCUGGGAAAAAAAAUGCAACAAGGAUGUGACAUUUCUCCCAGGUCCCUGUCUGGCCGCAUCGUUGGUGGUGUCUGGUGGUUCUUCACCUUGAUCAUCAUCUCCUCAUAUACAGCCAACCUGGCUGCCUUCCUGACCGUGGAGAGGAUGGUGUCUCCCAUCGAGAGUGCUGAGGACCUAGCAAAGCAGACGGAAAUCGCUUAUGGGACCCUGGAAGCAGGGUCCACUAAGGAGUUCUUCAGGAGGUCUAAAAUUGCUGUGUUUGAGAAGAUGUGGACAUACAUGAAGUCAGCGGAGCCAUCAGUUUUUGUGAGGACCACGGAGGAGGGAAUGAUCCGAGUGAGGAAAUCCAAAGGCAAAUAUGCCUACCUUCUGGAAUCCACCAUGAAUGAGUACAUUGAGCAGCGGAAACCCUGUGACACCAUGAAGGUGGGAGGUAACUUGGAUUCCAAAGGCUAUGGCAUUGCGACGCCCAAGGGGUCCGCCCUGAGAGGUCCCGUAAACCUAGCGGUUUUGAAACUCAGUGAGCAAGGCGUCUUAGACAAGCUGAAAAGCAAAUGGUGGUACGAUAAAGGGGAAUGUGGAAGCAAGGACUCCGGAAGUAAGGACAAGACAAGCGCCCUGAGCCUCAGCAAUGUGGCAGGCGUGUUCUACAUCCUGAUCGGAGGACUUGGACUAGCCAUGCUGGUUGCCUUAAUCGAGUUCUGCUACAAAUCCCGUAGUGAAUCCAAGAGGAUGAAGGGUUUCUGUUUGAUCCCACAGCAAUCCAUCAAUGAAGCCAUACGGACAUCGACACUCCCACGUAACAGUGGGGCCGGAACCAGCGGUGGCGGUAGUGGAGAAAAUGGCCGGGUAGUCAGCCACGACUUCCCCAAGUCCAUGCAGUCAAUUCCCUGCAUGAGCCACAGUUCAGGGAUGCCCUUGGGAGCCACGGGAUUGUAACUGGAGCAGAUGGAGACCCCUUGGGGAGCAUGCGCAAGCUCCCCCAGUUCCAUCCCACACCCUUCAGUGCCAAAAACAAUAAAAUGAAACGCAACCGCCACCAACCACCAUGACCACAAGGAAGAUGAUUCAACAGAAUUUCCUGAAGAAUUGAAAAAUCAUUUUGCCAUCCCUUUUCCUUUUUUGAUGUUCUUUCACACUUUUCCGUUUGCUAAGUGAGGAUGAUAAACAACAAUGCACCGCAAUAAGGGGAGAAUAACCCUGUCUAGUAGAGCCUGUAUCUCUGAAACGGAGUCACAGGAACAUUAAUGAGGAAACUGUACUGUUUUCUUUCAUUCGGUUGUUAAUAUGUCUU